AUGAAGUACAAAGGCAUGACAUGUUCCUCCGGCUCCCCAGCACUGGUACAUCUAGUAGCGAAUGAGGACUCCUUCGUAGCAGAACGCCUCCGUGCAGCUGGGGCAAUCUGCAUUGGCCGCACUAACACACCACCAAUGAUGGCGAGUGGAAUGCAUCGAGGCGUUCAUGGGAGGGCAGAGAGUCCGUAUAAUCUGGAGUACCUUACCGCGGCUUUCUCAUCGGGCUCGUCGAAUGGAUCAGGGACGUCGACUGCUGCAUCGUUUGCGGCCUUUGGGCUAGGGUCUGAGACUGUGGGAGUGUGGCCGUUGUAUCCUACUUGUGAUGUGAUCGUGCCACAUACACGGAGUGUGGAGGAUAUGAUGGCGAUUCUGGAUGUGUUGACUGUGGUGGACAGGACGAAAGAGGGUGACUUCUGGCGAGAGCAGAACUUUGUCGAGGUGCCGCAUGUGGAGAGGCCGAGUUCCCAUCUGGAUCUCAAGUCUUCGGCGUCGGGGUCGCUCAGGGGCAAACGCAUCGCUGUCCCGGCGAUGUAUGUGGGCGGCCAGGAUCCGAACGCGAAGCCCACAGUGGUUUCUAAAGAUGUGAUUGCUCUGUAUCAGCGAGCGAAGAAGGACCUGGAGGAGUUAGGUGCAACAGUGGAUGAGACGGACUUUCCCUUGGUUACGAACUACGAAGAUGACUCUGUCACCGGCCAUACGAACAAUGUCGUCGGGUUUGAACCCGAUUGGAAUGGUAAAGAACGUGGCGAGCUGGUGGCUUACCUCUGGGAUGACUUCCUGAAAGCGAACCACGAUUCUAAGUAUCCUGGUUUGAGCUCUGUCGAUGGCAGUAUCAUGUUUCCACGUCCGCCGGGCUACAUCCCAGAUCGAUACAUGGAGCACAAGAACUUCAUGAACUAUCCCGGGCUGGUAGAACUCGCCAAGAACCGCGGAGCCAAGACCAUCUGGGACGUCGAGGGCAUAGCAAAAGCCUUACCUGCGUUAGAAGCUCAGCGAAAGCGCGACAUUGAAGAUUGGAUGGACCAAAACGAGAUCGAUGUCGUAGCGUUUCCUUCAGCUGGUGAUGUGGGUAAGUCUGAUCUUGACACCAACGAUGAGAGUGCUCGGCACGCGCUCAAAAAUGGUGUCAAGUACUCCAACGGUAACAGAGCUCUGCGUCACAUGGGUGUUCCUACCGUCUCUGUCACGAUGGGCCUGAUGCAUGAGUCGAGGAUGCCCUUGAAUCUCACUUUUGCUGGGAAGCAUGGGCAAGACUCGGAGUUGCUCAAGUAUGCGUACGACUUCGAACAGCAUGCGAAGAAGAGGAUUGCGCCUCCUGUGACGCCGGCCCUCGAAAGUGAUCAAAUCGUGGAUGAGCCCCGGGACAUGCCGCCAUCAGAUCGGCCAGGUUCAAGCCGCUUUGAGCUCCGCGUAGCAUCGGCGAGGAGAGUGUCGCCCAACGAAAUUGAGGUCCGUGGCAGCAUAGAAGGCCCCUCCAGCGAAAGUAUCAAGCUGGAAGCUUAUGUCGAUGGCAAAGCAGUGCAGGCACCCGCGAUCAAGGUUGAUGGCAACAGCUGGUCCUUCAAGGAUGUCUAUACGCAUUACCUGCCUGUCAUACCACUCUAUGGUGGAGUCGGCCAGGUGGUCAAUCAUGCGCUUGUCGUGAUAUUGGCAAGAGCAGCGAGCCAGGUCGCCGGUCAGCUGGUCCUGGUAGAUCAGAACGCAGCACUCGAAGACUGA